AUGGAGGCUAGAAAAAGUCGUACUUGUUGCUAUAUCGGUGGUUCUACCUAUUGUUUUGGAUAUGAUCCUGCCACUAAGAAACACAAAGUCAUGUGCAUGUGGAAUAUGUCACGGAAACAGGAUGAUGGGACUAUCCUUGAUGGCCUAGUUUGUGAGAUCUUGACUUUAGGCCACAAUUCAUGGAGAAAGAUCGAAGCUGCCCCGCCUCAUCAUUUCUGUCGCAUUGUAUGUUCCGUAUAUGUGAACGGAUCUGUUUAUUGGUUUCCUGGUAUAGUUGAGUGUGAUAACGAUGAUGAUGUAUUUAUGGUGGCAUUUGAUGUUGGAAAUGAGAAAUUUAGAACGAUUCAAAUUUCCAAGUUCAGAUCUGGUAGUAAGCCUUCUGACCCAGAUCCUUUCCUCGACCGUUGCCAUUUAUUAGAAGUGAACGGAUGUGUUGCUAUAUUACGUAGAAAUACUGCCGACACGGCUGACCUAUGGGUAUAUGAAGACAGCGACAAAGAGAGUACUUAUAAAGCUACAACCAUGAACUCCACUGACAAGAAAUGGACUAAGCAUACCAUCACCUUACCUGUUCAUUGGGUAGAAGAGCGGGAUAUGUAUUUUCAUACUACUACUGGAGCAGAUCAAAUCAUCCUGGAAACUCAUUUAAUGAAUUCUGAUGGGCGCUCAAAGGCCGUGUCAGUUUAUUCAUAUGAUUUGAAGAAAAAGUUUUUCGAGGAGAUUAAGAUUAGUGGUAUUCCCUUGUCAAUUCCUUUAUAUUUCGAUUCUAGACUAUGUAUUUCGUUCAGCGAAAGUUUGUUGUCCUUAUCAGAAGCCUAA